GUGCUGGUGCCGCAUCACAGCAGCAGCCAAAGCAGAUGCAACUGCAACAGCAUCCGCCUCAGCAGGAGCCACAACAUGCGCCCACAAAGAGUUGCCUGUCGCGCCACAAUUCGACGCAUCACUCGAUCAAGAAGAAGGUCAACAUCAGCACACGAGCGGAAAUCAUUGAACCGGAUACAUCGCUCCUGCUGCUGGCCAAUCACUGCAACAAUAACAACAACGGCUCACUGGGCGAUGACGAUGAGGUGUUCUCGGACUCACUGCCGCCGCCCAAGCGGGAAAGCAUGUGUGCCCCUUACAUUGAGGGCGACAUGCUGCCGGAGACGCUGGCCUUUGCCCACGGAUUGCCCUCGUGGUUCGAUGAUGAGCGACUCAAUGAAAACGGCUGCAUUGAACCACCCGUCACUCCUGUGGGACGCGAUGAGCUGGAGCUGAAACGUCAGCGACUCUAUACGGAACUGUUGCGCGCCGCCCACGCCGCCGUGGAGCACAGCGUGGCUGUCCGUGAUAACAACGAUACGGAAUCAAAGCCCACGGUUGCCGUUGAGCAUUUGGAGAGGAUCUGUGAACGCUUGGAAACGCUAGUUGAUCGCUUGGAACACACGCUUAUACAACCACAGCCACAGCCACAACCGGAGCAGCAGUCACAGACCGAACCAGUUGCAGAACUGUCUAUAACACCACCGCUACCACCACCACCAACACCACCAGCACUAACAGCAGAUCUCGCACCAACCACUCUCAGCAACAACAUGAGUGUCGCCGGCUUUGAGGAUAUUGUGGCCGGGCCGCUGAGCCAAUAUCUGGCGUUAUCGGCCAAAAUUGGCGGCGAUGUGGCCCAGCAUGCGCAAUUUGUCAAGGCUGCCUUUGACGCCCAAUUGCGUUAUGUGAAGCUGGCUACGCAAAUCGCUCAGCCGGCUCAACCAAAGCAAAUGGAACUGUUGCAGCCAACAUCGACGCAAAUCAGCGCCAUUCAGGAUUUCCGUGAGAAGCAUCGCUCCUCCGCAUUCUUCAAUCACUUAUCGGCAAUUAGCGAGAGUAUACCGGCGCUGGGCUGGGUCUGUGUAUCGCCGACGCCCGGACCGCAUGUCAAGGAGAUGAACGAUGCGGGCCAGUUCUAUACGAAUCGUGUGCUCAAGGAGUGGAAGGAGAAGGAUGCCAAGCAUGUGGAAUGGGCACGCGCCUGGAUCCAAACGCUGACCGAACUGCAGGCCUACAUUAAGCAGUAUCACACCACGGGCCUGGUGUGGUCCGGCAAGGGUGCGGCCCCAGCUGCCGGUGGUGCACCACCACCACCACCACCCGGUGGUAUGCCACCACCACCGCCCCCACUAGAUCUGAGCGCAUUGAAGCUGGACAGCGCUGGUGGCGAUGAACGCAGCGCGCUCUUUGCCCAAAUCAAUCAAGGCGCCGAUAUUACUAAGAAUUUGAAGAAGGUAACGGGUGAAAUGCAGACGCAUAAAAAUCCAUCUUUGCGCACUGGCCCCGCACCCUUUAAGACGCCAGCCAGCAGCAGCAGCGGAGGAGGCGCCGCUGGACGACCUGCACCCCCCAAAGAGCCCGUCUUUACGCGCGAUGGCAAAAAGUGGCUAAUUGAGUAUCAGAAGAACAAUAGCGGUCUGCUCGUGGAUAACGCUGAAAUGAACAAUGUGGUUUACAUGUUCCGCUGCGAGGGCUCCACUCUGACCGUCAAGGGCAAGGUGAAUAACAUUGUGUUCGACUCGUGCAAAAAGUGCUCGCUGCUGUUCGAAUCGGUUGUCGCCUCCGUUGAGUUUGUCAAUUGUCAGAGCGUUCAGAUGCAGGUGUUGGGCUCGGUGCCAACUGUGUCCAUUGAUAAGACCGAUGGUUGUCAAAUGUAUUUGUCCAAGGAUUCGCUGGGCGUUGAAAUUGUCAGCUCCAAAUCAUCGGAGAUGAACAUACUUUUGCCCGAGGCAAAUGGUGACUAUACCGAACUGGCCAUGCCGGAGCAGUACAAGACCUUUAUCAAUGGCAAAACCCUCAAGACUGUGUGCGUGGACAGCCUUGGCUAAUGCGUUCAAGCGGCAGGAAUCCCAUGAGCGACGUCGAUUUGCUUUUGAAGACACAACCUCCACUUCCCCCACACUUGUAUUGAUGGAGCUGCAGCAAGCUAUAUAAUUAAUUUUAAGCACAACAUUUUCGUAUUUGUGUAUUUAUGGUUUUUUUUUCACCGUACGAGAAUUUAAAAAAUCGUUGCCAAAUUUCUGCUGCUGGCUAAACUAAAAGCAAAAAUAGUAUUCGAAACAAACAUUAUUUAUUUUAUAAUGCAGAAAAGCAACAACGGCGUAACGCAAACGAGACUCCAAAAUUGUAUUUAUAUAUUAAAAUUAAUGAGAAUAUGCACGAAACUUUUCAAACAUUUUAGAGCAGACUUUUCAUUAAAUUAUACAAUUAAUAAUUUUGCACCCUAUGCAUGUAAGAGAAAUCGAGAUCAUCAGAAAAACAAGCAAAAACAAAACUUUUAUAUUCUAUUUAAAUAAAAUUUAAACAUUUUUUAUUAAAUAAAAAAA